AUGUUCGUUGACUACAUCCGGGCGGCCUUGACACAGCCAAUCAACAUAAUACCGGCUAUCAUCAUUCUCUUCAUUAUCUUCAAAGUCCGAGCGUGGUCCAAGGACGAUGGCAUCCCGUCUGUUAAAUCAAAUAUUCCAAUUGUUGGAAACCUCCUCGACUAUGCUAAGGAUAUGGAAAAAUAUGUCCGUGAGUCCGGGAAGAAAUACGGACAGGUCUUUCAGAUCAACCUCCUCCUUACGAACACAAUCUGGCUUAACAGCCCUGCCUUAAAUAAAGAAUAUCUUUUUGCCCGCGAGGACGUUUGGUCAUUUGGUGACGGCAUGGGAGUGUUCCUAAACAAGGUCGUUGUCCCAAACUUCUUCGACCAGCUUCGUGUUCUUGUUGGAUCACUUAGCAGAGGAAUUUCCAACAAUGCAGCUAUCUCGCAUUAUACAAAUUUAGCUGGCAUCGAAACCGAGAAGGCAAUUUCCAACUGGGCCAACCGCAAGGAGCCUUUGAACCUUUUCAAGGACACCUCUUACAUCGUACACAAAAUUAUUGUCCAGUGCAUGAUGGGUCCAGACUUCUACGAUGCCGCUGAUGAGCUUUUUGACCUUCUUCAUGUCAUGGAAGCGAAUCUUGGUAGCAUCUGGAACUUCAUUCUCCCUGAAUGGCUCCCUCAUCCAGCCGCUAAGAAGCUAUGGGCUGCCCGUGACCGUACGAAGGAGAUAUUCAAUGUCCGUCUUGCUGCUCGUGAAAAGGAGCCGGAGAAAUGGAAGAAAGAACUGGACUACAUUUCAUACACCCUCCGUGACCCUGUCACUGCUCAUCUAAAGGACAAAUACAGUGCCCUUCACACAGUUCUCAUGUUUGCUGCCCACACAAGCACUGUUGCCGGCGUUGCCUGGACUAUCAUUGAGGUGAGAAUCCCCAUGCUCUCUUCCAGUGGUUUAAAUUGCUAACUAGGCUUAGCUUCUCAAAAACCCUCAAUAUAUCGAGCGUCUUCGCAAAGAACUAGCUGCCAACCCGAACCCAGAGGAAUCCGAGUUCCUCAGUGCCCUGAUGAAAGAAACUGUCCGCCAUUACGUGGCAUUCAACGAUCUCCGCUUCACCCGCCAACCUAAGACUCUUACUAACACAAAUUCCAAGAAGCCGAUUACUAUCCCCGCUGGUACCAUGGUAUCUAUCUCUCCUUAUAUCACCCAUCAUGACCCAAGCAUCUGGGAAAAUCCCAACGAGUAUCUUCCUGAGCGUUGGAUUGAUGAGCCAAACCUCCAGAAAAAGAUGAACGAGGGCAACAACAUCCGCUAUCUACCAUUUGGUGCAGGGAGUCAUCGUUGUCCUGGAGAGAAGAUGGCGUUGAUGAUGAUGAGGACUAUUGUUGCCAAGAUUGUUAUGACCUGUGAUAUGGAUUGGCCCGCUGGCGAGGCUAACCAAAACACCACUGACUUGGACUUCGCUAAGAUUGGAAGCCCAUGGCUCAAGGGUGACAUUCGCGUUAAAAUCCAACCCAAGAGGAAGUAGAUUCUUCUUCCCAUUCCUUUAUCAAGGAGGCGAGCGAUGGGGAAAAAAAAUAGAUAUCUCUAAUUUUAUUUACGAAGUAUUGACAUUGGUUGUUAUUUUUCUGCAUUUAAUGUUAUACAUAUAUUUAGUCACGUUAUUCAAUCACCUCUCUCUACUCGUCCAACUGUUCUUAAUAAAGCUUUGUAUGGAUAUUUUCGAUUAUUGAGUACUAUUAGCCUGAAACAUCGAUAGUCCAUAGUUUCUAAUGCAAUGUAAUACAAC